AUGGGUAUUUCCAAACUACCUACCGAGAUGAUCCUCGCAAUUAUGAAAUACCUCCCGGAAGAGUCGGUGAAAAUAGACUGGAGACAAUACGUCUACUGCGACGUUCGCGAGGAACUGAUUCGUUGGGACUGGGCAUCCGGGAAUGGCGAUAGCGCCAGGUGCUGCAACUAUCACGUCCGGCCUCGCCUCUUCGGCACGAACAUGGUCACGGUGCGGCUGGUCAUGAACCGAUAUUUCUACGGCGGAGAGAAUGGCCUGCCCUUGUCUGUUCUCCAUAGAGAUUCGGUUGACAAGGAUGCGGGCACGGGGGUCCAAGUCCGGUACUCCUGGCGAGCUCGCAUCAUCGACCACGACCUCUUCGUCCACGGAACCUUUACGAUAAAGUAUCCAGCCGGAGACCACACGGCGCUACGACGUUACAUGAAGAGGUUCAAGAGGGAUUUGCUUUCUGAUGCCGAAAGCCAAGACUGGGGCUGCGACGAAAAAGCAACGUCGAAGGUGCCCGACCAUUGCCAUCAAGAAGUGGCACAACUUGGGGAUUUGCAGGAUCUCUCGGGGCAAUCAAGGCGCUGCUGCAUUGGGGAACUUUUGCUCUCCUGUCACACGUUCGACGGCAAAAAUGGAAAAAUACUGUCAUGA